AUGUCAAACAAUUCAGUAACAAAACUUUCACCUCAAGAAGUUUUAAAGCGAAACGGAGAAUGGCAACAAGAAGCAAUUCAAGUUGAUAAAGAUCUUUUUACUGCAAACGCCGCCGGUCAAAGUCCUCCAAUCUUAUGGGUUGGCUGCUCGGAUUCUCGUGUACCGGAAAGCGUUGUUUGUCACGUAAAGCCAGGAGAUAUGUUUGUCCAUCGUAAUAUCGCCAAUCAAUUCAACGAAGAUGAUGAUAGCGCAAAUAGCGUUUUAACAUACGGUGUAGAAGCAUUAGGCGUCGAACAUGUUAUCAUCGUUGGUCAUACUUCUUGUGGUGGUGUUUUGGCUUCUUUAUCGGGCGCAAAAGGGGAGAUUUUACCAGAAAGUCAAUCUUUGCAACGUUAUUUGACGCCAUUGGUAAAGCUUUGCGGAUCCGUUCGAGACUCUAUGGGAUUGCAACAAGGUCAAGAUCCAAAGGACGACAGUACACGGGAUGAAUUAUUGAAAAGAGCAACGGAAGAAAAUGUCAAAGAACAAGUUCGUAAAGUGGCCGAUUCCAAAAUCAUUCAAGCAAAUUGGGCAGGUAAACGAACAGCAUUCCCCGGUCAACCGAAAGCAAAGAUCCAGAUUCAUGGCUGGAUUCAUGAUAUCUCAAACGGCAAACUCCGUGAUCUCGGUGUUACGAUUAAAGCACCAGGUGAGAAAUAA